CAUGAUGGUAAGAAGUGCUGGAUGCUGCUGGUGAAGAGGACGGCACGUUAAUGAUGCUACCCAGCACUACAUGACACUGAGCUGACGUGUUUCGAUGAAAGUUUAAAAAUGUUUGACACAGGUAGAGCAGUAAUGGGUGUAUGGUUAAUAUCUCUGUCUCUCUCUCUCUCUCUCUCUCGUGUGUGUGUGUGUGUGUGUGUGUGGCGUGUGUUUAAAUGGCCCUACAGCUGCGCUAAUUUUAGCAGUGGUUUGCUGGCAGUAGCUGAUGACUGUCAUACAUUAUAUUUAAAGAUUUAGAGAAAGGUAUCGACUUAAUGUCUGUCCAAUUAAUAAACCCUAUUUAAGAGAUCCUAUCGGACUGACGGGUGUUUUGGCCGAUAUAUUGACGGGCAGACUCCGAUUAGCACAGUGGCUAACACACGUCACUGUUUAUGUCACUGUAGCAGUGAGGUGCAGAUACAUAACAGGCAAGUUAUUAACACCUCGCUAUCUUCUCUAUUAACCAUGAUGGGUGUAGCUGUCGUUUGUUAUGGUUUCGCUCUUCAGUGAGGCGUUGUGUUUGGGAUGUUUUGAUUUCAUGAUGGCGGUGAUGUCAGUCAAGCUCGCAUUUGAUGAUGUCUCUUAAUAUGUAGAUGUAAAGCUUGUCUUGUGUGAUUAUUCUUGCAGCAGCUUGAGGUGACAGCAUGUGUUGUCAUUUUUGUUGAUGCUUUGUGAAGUGUGGAUGUUCAAAUGACUACAUUUUCAGAUUGUUGAAUGUAAUGUUACUUCUAUCCUUCUAUCAAAACAAUGUAAAUAUGAGGGAAAUCAAUGGGCAGUCUAAAUUAUUGCCUCUUUACUGUUCAGUAUUCCUGUAGUCAUCAAACUGUGCAUACUCGUGUAUAGACCCGUGUCUAUUUUAUAUUUGUUUGGAUUUUAGCAUCAUAUUUAUUAAUAAUGACAUGAAAAACAUCUGAAAAACUGAACUGGCUGUUUUUUAAAAAACAUUUACAUAAAAUUAGGGAAGCACCGAUAUCACAAAUCUCAGUAUCGGCCGAAACGAUCCCAAGCCAAUAUACCACUGUUGUUUAUUGCAUAAUCAGUUUAGAAUAUCUUUACAUUAUUGUGUGGAAAUCAUUGGGUGUACUCUUUAAGAAACACAAACCUCUAACUACACAUUAUUUCAAUAUAAAUGUAUAGCUUAUUAAGAAACACUAGUAUACUGGAUAAUGUAGCAGCAAAAAACUUUUAAUUUGAAAUACAACAGUAAUAUAUUUAAAUUGUGUACUUUUUAAACCCUCAUGCUUUUAUUUUGACAUUCUGAACUCUCCAGGAAGUCCUGUAUGUGUCUGUUUGUAGGCAAGUUCACAGUAGUUUAAUUAGCUUCUUAUUCAAACUCUGGUAAAAUGCACCUCCGGUACUGUUCUAAAUGAUUAUUAUAAGUGAACCGUACUAUUGAGCAUCUACACCUGAGAUGCUGUUCUUUAGUAGCGCUCAAAUAUUUUGCACCGCUGUGAAGGCUAAAACUAGCCGUAAGUGCAUCACCAGCCUGUGCAUGAGUUUGUGUCAACAGAGCAGCACCAUUCACUAACACGCUGGCACUGCGCAUACUAUAUAUUUACUUCUUAAAUACAGACUUUUGUGAUUCACAGAGCUAUCGCACGUCUUCAAGUGGCUUUGAAUAAAAUGCACGAGUCAUAUGAACUGCUUUAAUGGUGUUUUUAUGGUUCUUUUAUGUCAUUUUUGGAGCUUGACAGUAACGAAUAUGACUAACUCACAGUAUCGGAUUUGGAUCGGCUCAUCGGACCGAUACCCGAUCCGUCUAAAAGCUUCAGCAUUGGAGCUGAUACCGAUCCAGCAGCUGGCAGCAGUGAACAUGAAGUUCUUAUCGCACAAACCGUAACCUUAAUCCCACGACAAGGUGGGAAAUCCUGGCAGUGAGGGCACUUCCUCCAUCCAGCCCACCUCUCAUCUCAUGUUGCUCCUCUUGAGGUAUUUUGGCAAAUGAGGCACCCAGAGAUGCCUACUACUGCAAAAAAGAGCCCUUGGCAAGGCAUCCACUCAAAUUAACCCAAGCACACCUUCACUUGCAUUAUUCUCUCCCUGUUCUGCCACACUCCUUUGGAGGAUGAUCACAUCCUGAUUUUCCCUCACAAGGCUCCACCCUUGUCCCUAGUGUCCAGUGGGAGAAAGCUCUUGAUAUGGCAAGGGCUGCCAUCUAAAGAAGCUCCUGUAUUGUGGGAUGAGAUAAGAGGUUGCAAGCUACGCGGCCCAUUGCCACCAAUGGAUGCCAAGCUGCGAGAAGACCUGUUUCGCAGGUAUGUGACAUCUCUGGAGAAUCGGCUUGAGGAGGGAGCUGGUGAAGGAGGAGGAGACAAGCAAGGAGCUAGGACUGAGGAGGCACUGAUUUCUACAGCAACUGCACUGCUUGGCUCAUACCAGCCAGACCCAGGGCAACGCUUUCACAUGGUUCGUUUCUACGACAUUGCGGAGAGCUCACUGCGGACUCAAAGGGCUGCAAACCUGCAGACUUUGGAGACGGCCUUUGCAACACUGGAAACCAUCUGUACAAACUUGCUGCUCUUUCCAUGGAAGAAAGAGUUCCGUUGCAUAAAGACCUUCACAGGGCCGUAUGUGUACCAGUUGCAGUCGGUGAUAUGUGACGCAGAGCUACGUUCACUGCUGCGUUCCAUGGGCUAUUCAAGAGACCAGGAACUGCGGUACCACGUUAGGGACCAUUCAGGGGGAUUUACCAACCUUCAUCAGCUGGCCUUUGAAUUGCUCCUAGCCCAGGCCGAAUGCCGUUUACUUGCUGAGGUGGUAUCAAUGUCUCGGGGUUCAGCCUCAGAAUUGGAGGCUGUGGAAGUGAGGAGGAGCACUAGGGAAGAUGCUGCCGGGUGUGCGGACACCCUCCGCCGACAGGACAGCCUUACAGGAGAUUUGUCCCAACUGUCUGUGCGGCUGGUAGAUAUUGAACGUGCCCACCUCAGGCAAAGCGGUCGGCCGUCCAAGUCGGUGGAUGUAACCGACAGUGCUGGACAUUGGCACCAAGCCAGCAAGCCAGUGCUGAAGGCCUCGCUCAGCCUGCGCAAGGAGCCAUUGUUUGUCGACACAGAAGAGGAAAUGAAGGAUGAAAUCAUCCGACCUAACCUUUCGCUUUACCCCAUAGCGGCCCCACCCUCUUACAGCCCCGACUUCUUCCCCAUUCAGUCGCCCCCGUCCGAACCAUACUCCUACCAAUUGUCCUCCCUGGAUGAGGUGGAUUUGUACACUGAGCGUGGCUUGUGUGGGCAUCAGACGCCCUCUAGGCCUCCUAGCCGGGAGCUGCGAGAAGCCCGGGACAGUUGGGUUCUGAAGGGGCAUGUGAUGAAGUGCCAAGGCUGUGGCAUGGGCUGCCCUUCACUGUUGUCUUGCCAGAGGUGCGACAUGAUCCUGUGUCCGUCCUGCCACGUGCUGGAACCGGCGCCCUGUUGUGGCUUCCAGGAUUACUCGAAAACUGCCCGCCCUCUGGAUGGCUACAUGCCCAUGAAGGAGAAGCUGUCGGUCUACUCCAACGCCCACACUCACCCUCAUCCCCACCCACUUCCCCAUGCACAUUCCCAUUCACUGUUGCUGGACAAAGCUGUAAUGAGCACCAAGCUGUUUCCCAGUAAAUCUGUGGGUCCCAGUGCCAGCCCGGUGGUCAGCUCUGGCAGCAGCAUCGUAGGUGAGCGGCUGGGUGUGGGAGGCUCCCGCUGCGGCUUUUGCAACAAGCCGGGAGCCUCUCACACUUGCGUGAACUGCUCCAAGGUGUCAUGCGACACAUGCAUGAGCCUUUAUGCCAGUGAUGGGUGCACUCGCAAAACCCCUCACCAUAACUUUGUGCCCAAUCACCAACUAAAUUUCAAAUCCAGCUCCAUAUCUCACCUCGUAUAUCGAUAGACCAGGAACAAAGCUACAGUUGUGCACUACACCUUCUAUCUCUUCUUUUCCACCCUGUUUCUUUUUUAUUUUUAUUUAUUUACCUUUUCUCAGUUGGCAAUUGUUUGGUCUUGGUCAUGUGAUCUUGCAGUGCAUUUCCUGUCCCUCAUUAGCUCUACUUUAUCAAGAAGAAAGCAGAACAAAGAAAAAAAAAAAAAGCUCUUUGACCAGAGAAAUCCUUCCAGUAUCAAUGUUUGUUAGCUUAAAAACACGCAAUGCAUAAGAACUCUGAAUAUUUAGCAUUUUUCUCCCUGGAAUUAAAUCGAAGAACCUUUCAAACUUGAACAACAGAAAAAAAAAAAAUAACAUUACACUGGAAGUAAAUGGUACAUAUUUUGAAUUGUGACUAUAUAUAUCUAUUGGACUAUUGGUUUAAUGGUGGGUGGUUUUCCUAGGUAAAUGGGGUUUCAGUUGUGAAUCUGUACUUUCUGUUGAGUCUUUUGACAGGAAAUGCCUUGUGGGUUUACCCCUAUGAAGUCAGCCUACACUGUUCAAAAUGCUGCUGUUGAAAGUAAAACCAGGAGGGGGCGCUCCUGGACAAACAUAUUUUGCAAGCGCCAUGAAACUCUGCCUAUGCUCAUAUUUGCAAAGUUUAUGCAUGUAUGAGUAUAUCAAAUUGGAAGUUUUUCGUUGUCAGUCUGAUAAUCUGUCUAGUUAAGGGUGUAAUUAAUUGCAUUUAGAAUAAUUUAAUAUGCUACUACACUGCUAUCAUUAGAAACACUUUCAGAAUUAAUGUGUUAAGAUUCAUGAGUUAAUUUUGUAAUUAAUUAUACAGUAAAUUUAUGAUUGUUUGUACACAGAACAAUGAGGAAUUAAAGUAUUACUACUAGGCUAAUCAUACAGAGAAAUGUUCGGGUUAUGUUUCACCCCAAAAUAAGAGUCUGAAAUUAUGUUUUGUGUGAAGAAAAUGAAACCUAUUUUCAGGACCAAUAAUUCUGUUUUGUUUGUUUGAAAUGAAAUCAGCAUAUUUAAUUCAGUACAACAAACUCUACAAUCUUUUCAAAGUCUACUUUUAACUGGGUUUUACAAAUAUAAUUUACAAUUUAAUACUUUACACAUUACAGUAAUGAUUAGUAAUGAAUUCUUUUUUUUUUUUUCAGCUUAAGCAUCAUUUUCUUUACUCAACAUAUAAUUUUUUUAUUUCAGGGGUAAAAUAUACAGAGCACCUUACAGGGAAAAGGGGGAACUUAUUUUCUGAAAUAGUUUUGGGUUUCCUCGCAAUUACUUUUUCCAUCACUUAUGAAAACGUAACCAUAGUUUUACUACAGUAAACAUAGUUGAACUAUGGUAUUUGUAGUAAACAACAGAUUUUUAAGCAUUUAUUUGUAGCACAAGUAGGCUAUAACUUUUAAAACCAUGGGUUCCACCAAAAGCAAACAAAAAAAUGCAUUUCCACAAAGUAUUAAUGGUUUCAUUAGAGUAAACCUGCAGUUACCGUGUAACCAUUUUUUGUAGUUAGAAGCAUGGAUUUUGUAUUAACUCUCUUGUUUUUUGGCAGAGAUUUUGAAUUUUAUUCACAUAGUUUUGGUUUUCAUGUAUUAUGAUUUACCACACAACAGUCAUGGGUAAAAUACAGUUACUGUAGUAAAACCUUGGUACAUUUUGUGGAUUUACAACCAAUACCAUAUUUCAGCUACAGUUACUAGUUAAAAAUAAUUAUGAGGGAACACAAAUCUAUUUCAGAAAAUAAAUUCCCUCCGUGGAAAUGACUUUUUGAGAUUCUAUGAGAAUCUCAAAAAGUCUAUGAGAUAGCAGUCACUUGGAUUCGCCAUACCAAGUGACUGCUAGUCAUCACACUAGUAUAAUUUCAAAACUUUUUAUUUUCUUCCCUUAAUGCUGUACUAAUUGUAGCAAGGGUUUACCUUUUGCUCUGUGCAGUUAACCACUGUUGUUGUUUUUUGUUUAGUUUUCUGUGCCUGUACCAACAGAACAAAGCCAUCGUUUCAUGUGCAAUCCCCUGUGUUGCAUAUCUUUAAUUUCAGAGACUUUUUAACCUGCUUCCCCUGCUGCCUGAAGGCGCACUGGUGUCUUGGAAGGACUCAAUGCAUAAUCUGUAUGCGGCAUCAAGCGGGGGCCAAAAAAUCUGUCAGGGAAAUAGAAACUAGCACAAGACAUGAAGAUAGUGUGCUGUGAAGAAGUAACGUCAGUAUGUGUUUUUGAGUUCAUGAAACGAGUGGUGGUGGAUGCGGUCAGCCUUCCAUCAUUACCUUUAUCUCUCCAUGAAUGAGACUCUGCUGUUUAAUUGUGCAUUUGCUUCCAUUACAUGACAGCAGCCAAACAUAUCGGGAUUGGUCUUCACGCUCAAGCAACAGCAUGAUUAACAAAUCAAAACUUCUAUGUGCCAAACUCCCACAGGCUGUGAAGAUAGCUGUAACUGAGCCAUUUGAAAGUGAUUUCACACUGACGGGUGAUAGUUAACCGAUGUUUGACUAAGCCUCUUUCCAAAACACCCCCCACUCCCAUAUCAUUAUUGUUUUUAAAGGGAUCGUUCACUCCAAAAAUUAAAAUGUUGUUAUCAUUUACUCACCCUUGUGUUAACUUUCAUCCUUUUUAAUGACUUUCUUCUACCGAACACAAAAAAGGAACUUUUAAAGAACUGUUGUCCCUCUUUUCAAUACAGUGGCAGUGGAUAUUAGAGCUGGCAAAAAGACUGAAAAACUAAAUUCUAAUUUUUGUCCUAAAUAUUAACAAAAUUCUGAUUAUUUUUAUAUGUCAGUAAUGUCAGUUAGGGGAAAAGCUACAGCACAUCAGUGAUCACCAGAUUUUUAGUCCUCAAGAGGAUGGAUACAUAAACCAAACAGCACCAUGUUAUGUUGUUUUAUUUGCAAAGAACAUGUGUAACAAAAAUGUAUUCUAUUCUAAACUAUAUUGCAUAAAAUGACAAAAGUCAAAGGAUUUUUAGACCGUUCAUAAUCUUAAUCUUAAGGAAACAAAGGUAAAACCUGAAAAGAAAUGCUUCAAAAGACAGUCUUUGAAACUACUCACGCUUCAAAAUAGCAUCGGUCCCACAGUUUUUAAAUAAUUCGUUUUAUUAAUGGCAUGACGUUCUUUUUACCUUUCGCAGCAUCUGAAAACAUGGCGGUCCUGCACGAGACGCUGAAUAAACAGCAUAAACAUGUUUGCAUAUGAAAACAAUUGGAAAGGAACAGAUGAAUACAAAAGCAGUUCUGUGGAUACAACCCCUUGUGCUUCAAGACGCAAUGACCAAAGACCUCCACCAAGUCAUCACAUUUCAACAAAGCAGGUUUAAAAAUGUAUUAUUAAUUUAAAGAAUAUAACAUUUUUAUUUGACAGGCUUAAUUAAUGUGACUUUGCUUUCGAGUUUAAAAGUAGUCCAUGUGAAUUGUACUCCAUAUUUCAAGUAUUCUAAAGGCAUUCCAUAGAAUCUUUUGAAAAGCAACCAAACAUUUUUAUAAUUAUUCAGUGAAAAUCUUGACUUCCGUUGAGUGCAUGAGAAGCUUGUUCACUUAAUCCUCUCACUUUGUGUUUAGACCAAUAACUGAAAUACUUUGAUACUUUUGCAUCCUUUUAAAGCUUGAAAGCGUAGUCAGUAGCUAUGUUUCCAUCCCAUGUGUUUAGAGAACGGAGUAGUCACUUAGAAAAUAGCAAUGAAAAUCACGAGACUUCACAUGACAUUUUGAUGCACAUCGCUACAUAAAUUCAAUAGGUUUAUAUUUGGCAAAUGUGUUUCCAUCAUAGUUUGCAUGUCUCGACCGAUUAAAAAAAAAAAUCCACUUUAAAGCCUAUAAGUUUAUUAUGCACAUUUGGAAAACUUUAUUUGCCAUUUUAAAGUGAGUGGAAACGAAAUGCAUCUAAUAUCCACUGAUUUUUGCAUUGAACAGAGGGACUGGGAUGGUUCUUCAAAAUCCCCCCUUUUGUGUUCCGCAUUUAUAAAGAAAGUCAAAUGGAUUUGGGACCGCUCGAAGGUGAGUAAAUACAAGAAUAUGUGGGGGUUAACUAAUCUUAAUCUCUCUCUCUCUGUGUGUGUGUGUGUGUGUGGUGAUUUCACUGGAGAUGAACUGCUGGUGAUGAGUGAAUUGACCCUGGCGUGUCCCCCAUAGACACAGGUCUCACAUUCUCCAUGUCCAUUAACCAUUAUUCACAUAGCUGAAAAGGCAACAACUCUCCAGCAAACAAGUUUUACUUUCAUUGGAGGCAUCGUGGGACUUUGGGCGGGGCGGGGUUGGCCAAAAUGUUUGUCAGUGAAAGUAUAAUCCUAUAAUUAUAUAAAUGAAUAAAAAGCGAUGAUUUUAUAAAAUAAUUUCAAGAAUAAAAU